AUGUUAGUUCAUGUACCGUUUGAUGGCACAGGAUAUAGAUCAUGGAAGAGAGGUGUACUUAGAGCCCUCUCAGUGAAGAAUAAGGUUGGCUUCAUAAUAGGGAAGUGUCAGAAACCAGUAAUUGGACAUACAACUUUUGAUCAGUGGGAACGAUGUGAUGAUAUGGUGACUUCGUGGAUUCUGAAUUCUCUUUCAAAAGACUUAGCGGACAGUUUACAAUAUGUAAAUGAUGCAAAGGAGUUGUGGCAGGGAUUAGAAGAUAGGUGUAAUCAAACAAAUGGUGCAAAACUCUAUCAACUCCAGAAAGAAAUUAAUGAUCUAAGUCAAGGAACUGUAGAUAUAACAAGCUAUUAUACUAAGAUGAAGAAACUAUGGGAAGAAUUAAACGCAUUAAAUGCACAUGCACAAUGCAGUUGUCAAUGCAUCUGUGGUGCUAAGGCUAGUAUACAGAAAGCUGAGCAAGACAGAAGACUAAUACAAUUUUUGAUGGGGUUAAAUGAGGUAUAUAUUGUUGUAAGAGGGAGUAUACUGAUGAUGAAUCCUCUUCCAAGCAUUGCACAAGCAUUCUCUACCCUCAUACAAGAAGAGAAGCAAAGUGAAGUUAGGCCACACAAUCAACAGUUGGUAAUUGAGUCUACAUCACUGAAUGCCAAUGGCCCAGGAAAUAACAGUUUUAAAACCAAUUUUAAUCAACACAAGAGUAAUUCCUCUGGUGGGAACAAUAGCUAUGGAAGAGGUUAUAUGGGAAAUAGACCUAGGCCAUUCCAUGAUUUUUGCAAAAGACCAGGGCACACCAAGGACAAGCGUUACAGAAUCUAUGCUUAUCCACAAAACAUGAAGUACAAUAAUGGUAAUAGGGGAAGAAAAGUGGUAGCAAAUAUAUUUGACACAACUGACAAUGGAGCAGCUUUGACAGGGGAAAUUCUCAGGAGCAAGGUAGAACCAUGCAGCAGCUAA